AAUUGGCCGCCAGGGGAUGCCAUGUCGCAAUAUGUGACAUUAAUUUCGAUUUGGCUGUGACGACAGCGCGAGAAAUAGCCGAAAAAUAUGGUGUCAAAGCAAAAGCUUAUAAGGUGGACGUCAGCAAAUACGAUGACAUUGUGAAACUCAAUGGCAAACUAACAAAUGACAUAGGUGCCGCCACUAUACUCGUGAAUAAUGCGGGGUUGUUGUUCCAUGCGGAUAGGAUAAAGCCCACAGUCGAAGAAAUUCAAGCGAUGAUAAAUGUUAAUUAUACUUCACAUUUCUGGACAAAUCGUGUGUUCAUGGAGAAUAUGAGGCGUGCCAAGAAAGGGUAUAUUAUGGCCAUAUGCUCUGUAGCCGGUCUACAGGUAUUGCCACAGAGCGAACCGUAUAGUAGUGCUAAAUUCGCUGUGCGCACCCUGAUGCGAGCAAUGCGGGCCGAACUAAUAGUUGAGGGACUGCGUUAUAUUCAUCUUACUACCGUAUUUCCUUUUUUUAUUGCAACCAACGCUAAGGUUAUCCAGUUGUCCAAAGAUGAAGGCUUCGGUACUGUAUAUCCAUUACUAGAAAGUGAAGAAGUAGCGCAGAGAGCUGUAUCGGGAAUGUUAUGUGGUGAAGUGGAAAUUAUAAUACCGAGUUUCCUUGCACUCAUGUAUCGCCUCUUAGCAUUUUUACCACAACGAGUUCAAGAUUGGUUGAAUUCUACGUAUGUUGGCUCAUCACAAAAACUUUAAAACAAUAACAAGUAAAGUAGGACUAGGUUCGAGGGGCUGCACUCUCACAAUUCUUAUAAACCAAAGGCGAAAACAUAUUUAGAGCGUUAGCAAAAUUUUAUAUUAAUAAAUGUUUUAAAUGAAUUCAAAAUUCGUUAUUCGACGAAACGAUGGUAUAUCGUGAACCAAUUUCACUGCUUAUCGAUAUUAAAGUGUUUGUCUAAGUUAA